CGCGGAUAUUUUAAAUGGGCAGAUGACCUUGGUGGUUAGGCGUCUCCUCGCUCAUGUAAUUUAAAGCAAAAGAAAAGAAACCUUGGCAAACCAGUGUCAUCAUCUACUAAUCUCCACUGCAUCGUUUUUUCAAUUACUUCCAGUAAAGGAUGCGUAGUCGUCGUCAACUCUCCUAUGGCAGGAAUAAGCUGUAUUUUCUGCGACUUCGUAGAUUCUGUCAGUUUAUUUUAAAUUUUGGCAAGUAUGGAUUUUUCGAUGGAUGGGUCGGAAAAGAAUCCCACUCUGUCUUGAACACAGCGGAAGACUUUAGAUUGCUUUAUUGUGAGAAAGCACGUGUUAUGUGUACUAUGUGGCGUUUUUUAUCAAGGCAUAAGUUUAAAGAAGCAGCAAGAUUGUUAACGCAUUCAAUUCAUGCCUAUCCGAUGUCCCCUGCCUGGGUUUGGCGUGUUGCAUUUCAUAUAUUUCAGUGUCUCAAGGAUGAUACGGGGUUAAGGUCAUUUAACAGGAUUUUGGAUAUGUUUCUAUUAAGUGAUGAAAACAAUCGUAUGCUAGAAUAUACUCUGUAUGAGAUGAGCAAAGGAAAUCUCGGAAAUGUUCAGUUUUGCCGAGCUAACAAACAGUUUGUCCAAAAAAAUAAAUAUGCAUCCAGUUAUGCAAAUAUAAUAAGAGAGCCAGAGUUGGCUCAUAUUCAGCGCCUACAACGACUCUAUGAAGGUUAUAGUUUUUACGGUAUGUGGCUGAAACAAGUUCAUUCAUUGGCUUCGUCUGAUAAUCCAGACGAAAGUCGUUCACUAGUUGAUGAUUUAGCCGAGAAAGCCUAUCAUCGACUUCAGGAAGUUGAAGCUCUUGUGUCUGAAGGUCAUCUGUGCGAUACGUUUGUUCGAGCUCUUGUUGAGAUAUUAAAAUAUUUCAAUGAGCAUACACGUGCAUACGAUUUACUGCUGGAUUAUGCUGAAAAAGUACCCGAGAAUCCAAAUACUCUGAGAUAUUUAUGUGAAUGGCAUCAACUACGCCAGUCGACAACAGAUACAAUACACUCGUCCAUUGUACUGUCACCGACUCAUUCGCUUAGUAAUAAUACACACAAUAAUGAUUCCUCCGCCUAUUAUACAGAUGAAUUCAGUGAUGGAAAUACUGAUGUCGACAGAAAAGUUCUCCGACCUGAAUCCAGCAGUCAAAAGAAGUCGGCGAAAGGCAGUAUGAAAAGUUCUAAAAUUUGUUUAAAAUAUCGUAUAGCCUUUUGUCGGCGUGUACUGCCUGAACCAGCGCCUUCUCUUCCUGAGAAUUAUUCAAGUAUGACGAAAAAAGAAGUAAAAGGUCUACUGAGAAGAAAUCAUCCCCACCUACAGACUAUAAUCACUUGUUUAAAACGAGGAAAAUAUUCAGAUGCUUUGGAUUUGUCAUUUUUAUUACUCGAUCAUCCAUCUUGGGCUGUUUACUGUGAACCUUGGCGUCUAUUACGCAAGAGUAUAUUGUGUAUUGGCAAAAACAAAAACAGAUAAAGUUAAAGUCAAGUUAUUCUGUUUUAACUAUUGCUAAGCCCAGACUCUGUGUUGUCAGUAUUGAGGGAGGACUAAAUCUGUAGGAUAAAAAUAAUCCUACAAAGUUUCGAACAGUAUGUCAGAUGAAAGUUAUGAAACUAUGCCGUCGUUAACUCCACAAUUAGGAAAGAGUAAUGAAGCUGAUUUCCUUGGAAGCAACGAGUAUGAAUCACGCUAUAUGGUAGAAUUGGAGCUAGCGAAAUUGCGCAUAGUCCAAAAAGAGAAGGAAAUGGAGUUAGAAAGAUUACGACAAGGUAGUCGCGAAUGUUCUUGUCACAAUAAAUCGCCUUACAAACCUUCUACUUCUCAUAAAGUCUCUGUAUCUCCUAAUGAUGAGUCCACCAGAACCAUAUCUAAGUUUCUGGACAUGCUUAAAGCAUAUCAAUAUUUUAAGUGGAAUGCCGAUGAACUUGAGUGUUGGAUCAAUGAAAAACUGCAAACAUAUACAAAUGAGGAUUUUAAUGAACUCAGUAAUCUUCAGCUGAAAAAACAGAAACAUCAAGAGUUUGAGUUCGAAGUAACAGUUCAUGCUGAAACACUCUCAGCUCUAGAUUCUACGGGAGAAGAAAUGAUUGGUCAGGGACACUUCGCAACAGAUAUUAUCAAAAACCGUCUUGAUGAAUUGCAUGCCCUGUGGGAAAGGCUUAUGGCUAUUUUCAGAGAAAAAUCACGUCUUAUUAACCUAACGCUUAAAUUUGUCCAGUUUUCAAGCCAAGUCGAUGAGAUACUUUUCUGGAUACGUGAAAGAGAAACUUACGUAACAUCAGAGGAUUUAGGUCAAGACUUGGAAGAUGUUGAGACACUUCAAAAAGGG